AUGAAUCGUUAUUACGCCCACGUCAAGAUAGAAGGACAACUAAUCAAAUUCGAAGUAGAUUCGGGAUCAGCUUAUACGUUUCUUCAACGUCAACAAUUACAAGAUUUGAAUCUGAAUAUUCCUCUUGAACCAGCAACCAUGGGAUUCCGCUCAUUUACUCAAGAUGUUUUCAUACCCGAUGGAGAGAUUGUAGUUAACGUUUCUUAUGGUAACAUCAAAAUAAAAGAAGAUGUUUAUAUUGUGCCAGAUAAUUACGCUGCUAUUCUUGGUAGAGUUUGGAUCCGACGCCUCAAGAUAGAUUUGAAUCAACUAAGUCAACAAAACACUUCAGUACCCUUUGAAAGAUUCAACCUGUGGAGUGUAGAGGAACUAAGCGCCAAAUAUCCAAAUGUUUUCGAAGAGAAAAUUGGAUGUGUUCCAGGUUUCAAUGUUGUUCUCAAGUUACGUGAAGGUGUACAGCCAUGUUUCCAUCGUGAACGUGAAAUUCCCUACGCACUCAGCACAUUGGUUGAAAAAGAGUUGGAUGCACUUGAAAAUGCAGGAAUCAUAACGAAAAUAUCGAUAUCUGACUGGGGAUCACCAUUAGUCGUAAUACCAAAGGCAGAUGGAGGCGUACGUUUGGCUGUCGAUUACAAAGUCGGAGUCAACGAGCGACUUAUGAAUUCACAUUAUCCAAUUCGGAAAAUCGAAGAUAUUUUGAAUAGUCUACGUAAUUCUCGAUUCUUCUAUAGGCUCGAUUCAUACAAAGCCUAUCUUCAUAUCAAGGUUGAUGAGAAAUCGAGUGAAAUUCAAACAAUUACUACGCACAGAGGUACAUACAAGAUGAAUCGAUUAUCUUCUGGGAUAAAAACAGCCCCAUCAGAAUUCAACCGUAUUAUGGAUCAGAUUUCACGAGAAAUGCCUAAGACCGAAUUUUAUUUUGAUGACAUAGUGGUUCAUAGAAAUAGUAGAGAAGAAUGUGCAACAAAUCUCAAUGUAUGUUUUGAUCAAUUACAGAAAUAUGACUUGCAUCUCAAUAUAUGCAAAUGCAAAUUUUUUCAAGAUCAAAUUGAGUUUUUGGGACAUGUUAUUAAAUUCAAUUCAAAAUCACCCGAAAAAGUUGCUGCAAUCAUAAACAUGGCGAAGCCGACGUCAGUGGAAGAACUCAGAAGAUUCUUAGGCAUGGUUACAUAUUAUGCAAGAUUCAUUCCUAACAAUUAA